AAAACAGAUACCAGGAUGAAGACGUUCAAGCGCGAGAGCAUGACCAUGGUCGCGGUCAAGGGCCCGCGCUUCAGUCUCCCACCGCGAUUUGCCGUGCGGAGGCAGCCGAUCGCAUUCCUUCUCAGUGUUGUCAUGGUUGUCAACAUAGCCUCCAUGCCCAUGAAAGCCUACCUCACGGAGCCAUUACCGAGCUUUCGUGCUCCGCCACCGGACGAGCGCUUCGCCAACUACUCGGCUUUCAACGCGGCCACGCUCGCAGCCAACCGAGCCUACUACAACGCACUCACGAUUCCCAACGGCACGACGUACUUUAGCGACGAUCACCGCGGCGCGCAAGUCGUCCGGCACGCCAUCAACCUCACCAACCACCGCGCGAUGGACCGCUCCGAGUGCGUUUCUUCGUUUGUCUUGGGGUUUCCAGGACUCAUCUACUAUCUACCCCAUCAAAUGGACAUGGUGUGCGCGCUUGCGGCUGCCAAUGCACCAAACGCAGCCGACUGGGACGGCCGCGGCUCGUGCUUCCACAGCCGGUUUUGCAGCGUCGAGAUUGGCCACGUCUGCGUCUGGCUGGACGCGGGCGACGCCGUCCACGGGGAUCCCGAGGCGCCGCAGAAGCUCACACUCAGCUUUGCGUUUACGAGCGAGCGCUUUUUUCUGUGGCUCUGGAUCAAGUUGGUGUACCGUUGCGGCAUUACGCUCCUCGUCGUCCACCGCAUGUGGGCGCGGUAUUACGCCCACUGCGUCGCUUUGGAGCGCACGCUUGUCUCGCGCGGCCACCGCCCGGGACUCGACGAGGCGCAUCGCUACGACCUCCUCCUUGGCGACCCGACGGCCAUCAUCCUCCUCGACCCCACGAUCGCGUUUGCGUUUGUGGUCGACAUGUGGAUGAGCACGAGCAGCGUCGGGAUUGCCGUCCUGCGCGCGACUCAGAACAGCGACACGGCGAUCUUGUUGCUUACGUUUAUCUAUCUCUCGCGGACAGUGUGGUUUGCCUACUGCGCCUUGGGCCUCACGUCCUCCUUUCUCAAGCGCUGCCGCCUCGAGCAUGCAUUUGCCGAGGUCGACCCGACCAUGCUGGCGGUCGCGGUCGCAAUCUACGGCCCGCUCGUCUCGUGGCUCAGCGGCAACGUCGGCUUCCUUGCGCUCUUGUAUCAGUGGACCUUCGCAUGCCUCGCGCCGCCGACUCUUGUCGCCGAGCAAAACGAGCUCGCGCCCGGGUGUGCCAUGUACACGCUGCUCAUCGGGAGCCUUCCUCUGUGUUAUGGCUUCAUAGCACCGCGGUUCUAUUGCGGCUUCCAAGGCAAGUCGCAAACACCACGGACGCUCGCCGACUAUAGUAGCCAGCGCUACAACAGCGUCAAGAGCCGACUUGUGUUCGGGUUUCUUGAAAAGCUCCAGAAAAGCUCACAGCAACUGCUGCGUGGCCCCGAGACGAACCUCGGGGGCACGGUCUACGCUGUCUUUGAGUCGAACCCGCGCUACAAGAACUGCCCGACGAUUAGCAUGCGCAGUGCCGACGUCUUUGUGUUCUGCUACCGUGACGACGAGGUGGUGCAGAAGAUUCGACUCAGUUUGCUCAGCAGUCUCGACUGCAAUGCGUCGGACCCGGCGCUUGCGAUCCGCGUCAGGAAGUCGGCGUCGCCUCUCUUCGUGAGCGCAAUCGCGCCGCUCCAAAAGGGCUGGGAGAUCCAGCGACCUAGCAAGCCGUCGAUAUGGUGUAUCUAACUCGAGAGUUUACUCGUUCCCUUGAUGAACUAACU